UUCGUAUCAAGCUGGGAAGAGUCUCGAGCUCCUCACAACUCAAACUGUUGAUAAAUGGAAGUGAACUGGGAACGCAAAGCAAGUUUAUGAUAAAUCAGCACUUGGUUAUAUUCUAAAUAUCGAUACUCAAACCAAAGGUACAUUGCAGCUUCCAAAGAAUGAAAAAUAGCUCACUAGGAGUAAUAAUGCCAUAUGUUGUUUUUCAAGUGUAUAUCUCUAGUGAAAGACCUUUCCAGUGUGAAUUCAGGAUCAAAGACAACAGUAACAAUAAAAAGAGGUUAAUUUUUUCCCAUUCUGCAAAGUCUAUCGUAAAGAAUCAGCUCCAUGCACGGAUCCCAAGUUCCUUCUUUAGAAAGAGCAUUUGGCUGAAUUUAUCGAUAAACGUAAAAGAAUUUUUCGAAUUUUGUUUCCAAGACUCGGAGUUUGUUUCAAUAGACGCGAUCAGUAUCUCCGCAUCGUGCAAGUGAAGGAAAAUAUUUUGAAUGAACUCACCCAUCGUGGAUACCAGCCUCCUUGAUGAUGAGUCAGGAAUCAUUCCAGAAGUAGAUUCAUGGGAAAAGAAUUGAGAGCCAAUUCCUAAAGCUAAUGAUUUCAAAUAUGGAGUUAAUUAUAUGAAUCAGCUUGUGAACGUUUCCAAAGUUGAUUACUUCCUUGCCUCGACUGUUGAUGACUCUAUCUUAGAGGACUCGAUGGCUGAUUCCAGAUCAAACAAAUCAUUUAUCUCAAAGACCAAAUCAAAGGGAAGAGCAACCUCCGGUAUCUCGCACUUGAAAAAAAAAAGAAGGGUGGGCCCUAAGAAAAAUGCUGAUCUAAUCGAUGAUAAUGGGUCGUACAUGAGCGGAGUUGAUAGCAAAAAGAACGUCAAAAAGAAGAAAAGGAUUGGCUCUACCUCGCCAUUUCCACAACAGAACUUACGUAACAAGAAGAAUCUCAGGAAGGAUGAAAAGUCAACUGACAUAGAUGAAGACUCUAAGCAAUGGGGCCUUGCAGGUAAAGGUAUUGACAAAAAGAACAGCACCAAAGUAACUCAUGAUACUACAUCUGAAAAUGGAGAUAAUUCUUGGAUAAUAUCCAAAGGUCAUGCCUCAAGUAACGAAAAGAAGAAAAGAGGAGCGAAAUUCUCAAGAGGGAAUUCAAAAAUCAGACCCAACAAAAACCCCAAAAGAGCUCCCAAGAAGAAAGAUUCCAAAGAGAUGGAGGAAGAGAAGAUUCAUGAAGAAAUAGAUGCUCAAGACUCCUAUAGCCACAAAUUUGAUGCUAGCAAAAAUUCUCCUCACAGAAAAGGACAGGGAAAGAAACCUCAGGAUUGUGUAAAAGAGCUGAACAAGACUGAUACAUUGAUGAAGCAGAACCGAAAAAAAAUCGUUCCGAAUUCAGACCCAAACUCAGGCGUCAAAAAUACAGCAAUGCAUUUCCAUGAUCAAAAAUUUGGGGAAUCUAGUGGGAAGAUAGGGUUCGAAGAUAGCCUUGUAUCAGGAACAAAGAUCGGAAUCCAAAGUCACAAGAACAUCAACUCAAAGAAAAAGGCAAUUAACGAAAAGAGAAAGAAAAUUGACAAAAUUCAGGAAAAAUAUGAACAUCCUGAUAACAAGCAGGAACCCAAGAGGAAUAUGAGAGGAUAUUCAUUACAAGAGCCAGGUCGAAAUAAAAAUGGCAAGCUGAUUAAAGGGACUAAUGUCUCACAGAAAAGAGAGGUGCAGCAGAAUGUUGAAGAUGGGAUCCAGGCUUCCAAAAUUACUGCUCAUAAAAGAAACGUCUUCAAAACAAAGAAAGGCAGCGAAAUGCUUCCCCAAGAAAGAGCUAGUUUCAAGAGAAAGAAGGAUAUUGAGGAAGAAAUGAUAGAUGAGAAGAUGAAUACCCAAACAUUCAGGUUUACAAACCAAUUCAAGUCUGAUAUUGAUGCAGAUGGAGAAUAUCUACUUGAUGAUGAAGAUAACCAAUAUGACGAAGAAAUAGCAGAAGAAAUAGAGUCAAGAUCUAAUGACUCUCCUAGAAAUAACACUAAGAAUAUGAAAUUGAGGAAAGAUACUGGGCCGAUGGAGAUUCCUUCUGACACUAAUCCAUUACAUAAAAAGAAAUCACGACAGGAAGACUCUAUUGAGGGGAUUGGAACUCCAAAUAGCAGGCCUCCAAAAGUCCCAAACCACAAGCCUAAUACCAAAAUUACUUUGGCAUCCCCAGCUCAUCAAAUAUUCACUACAAAGAGACAGAAAAAGGAGCUAGAAGAACAAAAAGAGAAAAACUUAGAAGUAUUAGAAAAGAGAUAUAGUGAGCCUCCAAAACCUCACCAGAACCUUCUUGCGUCUAAGCCUCCCAAAGAUGAAAUCUCAAAGGACAACUAUCUUGAUAUUGGCUUAAGUAACGAUAUGGUUGGAGCUAGCUCAGGCUCACUUUUAUACCCAGAGAAAAGGGUUGAAAUGAGAAAACUCCUUGACAAAAUGAGAAGUGCAUACACGAAGGAGGCCCUCCUACAGACUCCUGUAGGCCAACAUAACAAUUUUAAUUAA